AAGACUUAUUUUGCAAACGAACGUACUUUCUUGCAUUGGUUGCAAUUUACUGUUCUGUUGGGAGCACUUGCCCUUGGUCUUUUAAACUUUUCUGAUCAUGUUGGUCGUAUCUCAGCCACCUUAUUUACGCUUAUUUCGGUUGGUGUCAUGAUCUAUGCACUCUACAACUACCAUGCUCGUACCACCAGCGUCGAGAAGCGAGAAGUUGGAGAUUACUCUGAGAAGAAUGCACCAGCAAUUCUGACCGGACUUCUGAUUGCUGCUGUUUUGACUAAUCUUUAUCUGCGCAUUUCA